AUGCAGUUGCAGUGCAGUGUCUGUUGGUACGUGUAUCUAUCGCUCCUGGUCUGGUGGGGUCGGGGUCUCAGUCUCAGUCUCAGUCUGGUCUUCUUCUAUGUCUUCACUCUUGGGGUUGGAGGUGCGCCCGUGCGGUAUAUUCUCUUCUCUGAUCCUGCGCUAUUCCCGCAGGGGCAGCUCACUGUUGGCCGGGCCGGGCCGGGCCGGGCAGCCACUACACAAAAAGGCGAGAGGGAGAGGCAACACGAGUGUGACGAGAGCGAUCAUCUCAUCAUCUCCUCCUACCUCGAGACGCUGAGAUCGAGAUCCAUCUCGCACCGGAGGAGCGCUCACUUGCAGAUCCUUCGCCUCGCCUUCAGGGAUUCAUGCGAAAUGCCACCAGAACAUGGAAUGCCUACUAGAACUGCUGCUGAUGCUGUUGUAAAUAGGAGGCCUCGUCGCCUGUUUGGGAGAUCAUCAGAGAGGAAGAACCCACUCAACCUUCAGUUUGAGCGUCAAGUAGCUCGCCUCGAGGCAAGGCAGCAGCAACAGAGGUGUAUUAUCGUGACAGUUAUUCCCUUCAAUUUCUGUUACGACUUCAAAUCACCAUCACUCACCGAGAGUGCAAGUGAUGAUCCUUCAUCUCAACCUACAUCUCCAGAAGAGAGCCCUGAGACAUCAUCCUUGUCACCAUCCUCCCCAUCGAUUUUGUUCCUGCACCUUAAUGCUCAAGAUGGAUCUCGCAGUAGAUGGCUGGAUAAUUCAUCAAGGCUACUGGAAGAUAAGCCCACAACAUCCAAUAGCAUGUCUGAUUCAGAUUUCUUAGUCAACAGCUUUACCAAGCCAAGUGAUAAUGCAAGACAUUCAUCAAGAAGGAAGAGCAAAAAGAAAAGCAAGAAGCACAGGCAACGCUGUAGGAAGCCGACUGAUGGAUCUGAAGCUAAAUUCAGAGAGAGCAAUGGCGCUGCCCCUGCAGUUGAUGUUGGUGAUUGUGAAGAUUCGACACUUUCACCUAAGCAUGUUGGUGAUAUACGCUUUGAGCAAACUUCUCCCAGUUCUUCUGUCAAGGAAGGUUCUGAAGAGGCUCCUGAGAGUGAUAAUGAUAAUGAGUACCGUUGCUGCUCAGGUGGUUCAGUUUCGAGUGCGUCCUACUGUGAUGAGAUGGAACUGUCUAGAUCAGCAACUCUGUGCCCUGCAUUGUGUGGACAAUGUGAUAGCAGUAGCUUCAGGCAUUUGGACAAUACUCAAAAUUCCGUAUCUACAGGUUUAUCUCAAGAAACUUGCUAUGCUGGCAGUAGUGCGAACUGUAACCAUGAUACCAAGGCUCUGUUUAUAUUCAGAAAUGAACGUGGACCUGAUCCAUGUGAAGCGACAGAGUUUUGCAGUUCUAACAGUGGAUUUGAUGAGAAUUGGCUAGAGAAGUCUGAUUAUGAUAGUGGCAUUUGUUCCCCAAAGAGCGUUGGUACAUGUGGUGGAGUCCAGGCAGCCCACUUGUGCAGCGACACAAGCAGUGACAAUGAUUUCUGUCUUGUAAUAUCUAGAAAGAGAGCCAGAAAGAAGAAAAUGUCAUUGUGGAAGAGUUAUGGAGAGCAUGCAUCCACAUUUACGCUUGAUCGAAAUAAAAAAUAUGUUGGCCGUUCUUCAACGCAGAUGACCAAGGAAGUCAACAGUAACGACUGGUCCCAUAGACAAAAUCAUGUUAGCAGGAUACACCCUCAGCAUGGAAUUGCACUGAAAAACUCUACCAAGAAUUUCAUGCAGAGGCCAAGCAAUGUUUGUAGGGAGACCCAAUAUGGAAUUCCAGCUAAAGAUUCCAAGUUAGGAACAAGUCUCAAUCAUUUUACAGGUCCAAGAGAAAAAACUUGUGGAAAAUCAGCUACCGGUUUUGAGAAGGCAGCACAGCAGAUUUAUUUGAACAGAGAACUAUCCAAUGCUCUUAACAGCAGAGAAUCAGUACGUUGUGAGACGAGAUCAAUUUCCUCUUCUGAACCGACAACUCCGGAGUCUUUAAAGGGAAAUUGUACUUCAGAGUCUGGUGAAUCAACAGAUAUUACAAUAGGGGCUCUUCCCAUGCAGAAAAGAAGACUGCAGGAUUCAGUUCGAACCGAUGAUGCCAGCGAAACUAUUUCUGGGCGAUCAUCACCUAGGUCUGAGUCAUCGACAACUGAAUUAAUGGUUGGACGUAGUACAGUUUCAUCUAUUGAAGGGAACCAUGGCUGUCAAGGGCUCUGUAACUCUAGAACGCAUCUAGCCCAGACGAUCAGGGUUGUAAACGAUGCCUAUAAAGUUCAGGUUGCUGCAGAUGUUCUCCUUGCUGCUGGUUAUCCAAUUUCUGAUCUUGAGACAUUUAUAUACUCCGCAACUCCCGUUAUUGGUCGUGCACCUUGCAUGAUAAGCAGCACUUGUUCAUGGGACCAAGUAGUUAGCAACUCAGUUUGUCAGCAUGACAUCUCUAAUGUUUCCUUAAAGAGAAUAUGGGAGUGGUAUGAAGAGCCAGGGUGCUAUGGAUUGGAAGUAAAAGCUCUUAGCAAUCUCAGCUCUAAAACAUCCCGCAACAGCAAUUCAGAGUUCUUUGCAUACUUUGUGCCUUAUCUGUCUGCUAUUCAAUUGUUUGGGUGGUCUAUGAAUAACAUGAAUCACAGUUUUGGUGUACAAGGGAGGGAAUUACUGAAAGCAUCAAAUACUUCAAGCUCUAUGAGCUCUCAUCCUGUGAAUGAGGUGCAUACACUGUUUGAGGAAAGUAAUGCAUGCUUGCCAGAGUCAUCUUUGGAUGUAGAAGAUCAUGGCAAACUUAUGUUUGAGUACUUUGAAACAGAGCAACCUUCUUUUCGGCCUCCAUUAUUUGAAAAGAUCAAGGAGCUUGUUAGUGGUGCAAACGUUUCUGACCACCGGAUUUUUGGGGACCCUGAAAAACUGCAAAAUGCGAAAUUAUGUGAGCUUCAUCCAGCUUCCUGGUUCUGUGUGGCCUGGUAUCCUGUUUAUCGUGUGCCUCGUGGUAAUUUCCGUGCGGCAUUUCUUACUUACCAUUCGCUGGGAAAGUUGGUUCAUCAAAAAUGCUCUCUGGAUACGAAUGACGAGCAUACACGUGUAGUUUCACCAGUUGUUGGUCUCCAGAGUUACAACGACAAGGGAGAACAGUGGUUUCAGCUGAGAUGCCCAGAUUUGAAGCAACUGCCAAGAGAAGAUUCUUCGAAAACCGAUCCUGCUGAAGUUCAUAAAGAGAGGCUGAGGACGCUGAAGAUGGGUGCGUUGGCCAUGGCAAGAGCUGUUGUCCCAAAGGGAAGUGGGGAGUCUGUGAACCACCAUCCAGAUUACGAGUUCUUCCUGUCUCGGUGCACCUAG